GGGCAAAAUAACUAAUCGAUUAAUUGAGAAAAUAUUCAACAGAUUAAUCGAUAAUGAAAAUAAUCGUUAGUUGCAGCCCUAAGUGGUUGUGCACAUUAACAAACUUCAAUCACUGUAAAUGCACCAAGGUCAGCCAAAAGUCUAUUUUUCAUCUACAAAAAAGAAAUGAUUAAUCGAUUAAUAAAUUAGUUGAUUGACAGAAAAAUAAUCUGCGGCUAUUUUAAUAAUCUAGUCUAGGUCUUAAAUAAAGAAAUGAUGUCAGAACAGUGAGUGGUCCCAGCCUCUCAAGAGUGAGGAUUUACUGCUCUUCUCUGUUUUAUAACAUUGUCAGUUGAAUACCUUUCAGUUGUGGACUGUUGAGCAGGCAAACUAAACUUGCCUUUGAAAACCUUUGAUUUUUCAAUAUUUUCUGACAUCCUAGACUAAAUGAUUAAUAGAUUAAUCCAAAAUGUAACUGACAGCUAAAAUGAAUAAUUGCUAUUUGCAGCGUAAUCUCUAGUAGCCUGUACUCGGACAGAUGUUUCAGUAAGACAGUCAUUUUGAAAGGAAUAGAGGGUUGAAACAGCCUAUUAGAUAUGAUAUAAACAUGCAGCAAUAAUAAAAUGGGAAUGUUGGUAGAAAUAUAGGACACCGUGCUUCACUAUAUCAGGUCCUAAUUAAAACGAGUAACACAGAAGCACACAUGCAGAGUGAUAACAGUAAUGACAGUGAUAAUAAUAGUAAUAUUCAGUCUAUCCAUCUUCACAUCAAUCCACCCACACCUGACUAUGACAGACAAUACCUGACAUUAAUACAUUUUUACAAGCUAUGCAGUAUAUUUACUGCUGUGUAUUCACAUGUAGACAAAUAUAUUCUUUUGCAUUCAUUCAGCUCUUAGAAACCUGAUAUUUCUUUUCCAAGUGUGGAUUACAGUAAAUAAAGUCUGCAGUCUGGUGGACUCAAUUGUGUGUUCUUCUCCUUGUUGUUCUCCUUGUCGUCCUGAUAUGAGGAAACAGCGGCCCCCACGGGCAGACAGCGGUACUGCAACACACACAUACCUCACUGCUUUCUCAUUUCAAUCUAAAAUAACUAGUUUCCACUUUGCACUCCAUGCAUCCACAUAUUAUUUACAUAUUUUUCAAUUCAUUUUUUUGUAAAUUUUUUUUUAUUAUUAUUUAUUGUUUUUUAGCCAAGUGUAACACACAAUUAUGUAUUAAGUUCCAUAGGCGUUCAUGCAGGUUUAUAAUAUAGUGCAUAUUAUUUACAUAUUUUUUUAAUGCAUUUUAUUCUAAGAAAUGUUUUUUUUUUUUUUUUUAGCCAAGUGUAACCCACAAUUAUUAUGCAUUAAGUUCCAUAGGCGUUCAUGCAGGUUUUGUAAUAUAGUGCAGUGUGUUUUAGCCUCCAAUUGCAUGAUUUUGUACUCAAUAUAGGAGGUUUUUGUUCUCCACAAUCUGGAUCUUCUUCAAUUUAGAAAGGAUUCCUGUACAUAGCUGCCAGCCAGCUCUCUCUCUCUCUCUCUCUCUCUCUGAUGGUACCCGGGAGAGAGAGCGAGAGAGAGAGAGAGAGAGGGAGAGAGAGAGAGGGAGAGAGAGGUUAGGAGCUCCAGAUGGUGUUUAAACGCAGACAGAAGGCUCCAGCGAGGACAGAGAGAGGAGGCGGAGGAGAGAGAGCCGCGGUUACUGCGCAGCUCCGCUCAUCACUGAAGAGACAAAACAAGUCUGGACAAAAAAAAACAACCAAAAUUGUGUUAUUGUGACGGGAAAAAAAGCAACGUUAAAAUAAUGCUCAGCUGAUUUUCUUUUUGGGAGAAAGUGGAUCUCUUUGUAGCACCAUCUGAAGACAGACAGACAGACAGGUCGGCGGAGGAUCGGAGGAGGAGGAGGAAGAGGAGAGGAAGAAGAAGGACCGAAACAGAGAAACGUGGUUCACCAGGCUGCUGCUGCUGGAAAAGAAACUGUUUUUACAACAAAUAAAAGGAAGAGAUGUCGCCGGAUGUAUGAGGACUUGUUCCUGAACUGUGAACUAAAAGAAGAGGGUUUUAAAGUUGUCACAGGAGGAAUAAUAGUCGCACCCUGCAGACUAAAGAGGAUCCGCAUCUUUAUCCUUUUACAUGCUGGAGACGCGUCUGUUUAAAAAAAAAAGCACGUUUUUACAGUUGAAACUGUGUUUUUUAUUUUAUUUUUUUUUAUUCUAUCUGGGAUGGUUAAAAUGAGCAAGAGAGCGGAUUUACAUGACUGGGACAAGUUGUGAUUUUUUUUCUCUCCCACACCACCAUCAACAACACAAGAAGCUGUUUGCUUUAAGACUGCAAAACCAAAGACAUCAGUGUGGAUCCAUUAAGAGCUCCUGGCUUUCAUUUGAUUUCUUCCUUUUUUCGAUACAACUGAGAAGAGAAAUACCUCAUAAUUUAUUAUACCUGGAAAGUCAAAGCCCCUUUUUUUUUAAAAACUCCCAAAGGAAAGUUUUUCUUUUUAUUGUCAGACUUCUUCUGCCUCUCUUUCCUCUCAAUAUUUCUAAAACAAAAACAAAAAGGAUUAUUACCUGAAUAGUUUCCCAAACUCAAAGGCUUUCCCCACCCCAAAUAAUGAGGAUUGAGACGAUAUAAAACCUGUUUUAGAAGCUAUCUGGUGUGGAUUAUCACCGCUACUAUUACCUCAGCUUGACCUCGACCUUCACAAAGUAGAAGAGUGCAGAAGGUUGGAACAAUGCCAGAUUCACCUGCGGAUGUGAAAACCCAGCCCAGGUCCACCCCACCCACCAUGCCUCCUCCACCCCCGGCGGUCAGCCAAGCAACCAAUCGCAAUGCUUCAUUCACCCCUGCUACCAGUAAAUCAAUGCUGAACGGGAGCAGCCACUCUCCUACGUCGCUGAACGGUGCUCCGUCCACUCCCAACGGCUUCAGUAAUGGGCCGGCCAUGUCUUCGACGGCCUCGCUUUCCAACCAGCAGCUACCGCCAGCCUGCGGCGCCCGGCAACUCUGCAAACUGAAGCGCUUCCUGACCACGCUGCAGCAGUUCGGCAACGACAUAUCGCCGGAGAUUGGGGAGAGAGUGCGCAGCCUUGUGCUGGGGCUGGUGAACUCCACUCUCACCAUCGAAGAGUUUCACUCCAAACUUCACGAGGCCACCAACUUCCCUCUGAGGCCGUUCGUCAUUCCCUUCCUGAAGGCAAACCUGCCCCUGCUGCAGAGAGAGUUGCUCCACUGUGCCAGGUUGGCCAAGCAGACUCCAGCUCAGUAUCUGGCCCAACACGAGCAGCUUCUCCUGGACGCCAAUGCCAGCUCGCCCCUCGACUCCUCCGAGAUCAUGCUAGAGAUGAAUGAGCACGGCAAGAGAAGGACCCCUGACAGGACCAAAGACAGCUCAGAGAGAGAUGGGUUACACCCGGAGCACCUGGCUAAGAGGCCCUGCACCAUCAGCCCCAGUCAACGCUUCAGCCCCAGCACGGGUCUCCCCGCUCACCCGCCUCCCAACGGCCUCCCCACACACCCUCCCAACGGCCUGCCCCACCCACCCAACCCCCAAGUAGGACCCCAGCACUAUCGCUUAGAAGACAUGGCCCUGGCGCACCAAUACAGAGACGCUUAUAGACAUAAUGAGCACCGCGACCCCCGAGACCGGCACCGGCCGACAGCAGUGCAUGGAGCCCGCCAAGAGGAGGUGAUUGACCACCGUCUUACAGAUCGAGAGUGGGCAGAGGAAUGGAAGCACCUAGAUAAUCUGCUGAACUGCAUCAUGGACAUGGUGGAGAAGACGCGCCGCUCCCUGACGGUGCUGCGCCGCUGCCAGGAGGCCGACCGCGAGGAGAUGAAUCACUGGAUUCGGCGUUACAGCGACGUGGAGGAGAUGAAAAAAGGUGGGAGCAACGGACAGCACUGCCUUCCUCCUCCUCCUCCUCCUCUUCCUCCUCCUACUCCUCACCACAACUCCUCCUCCAACACAGCUAGCAGCAGCGAGUCACUGCCCGUGGGAACUCCCUCGGCUGCUGAAAGGCAGACAGGCAGACAGACAGAGAUCCACAGAGACUUCUUACACAGGCCUCCCUCAGGAUACCUGCCAGAAGAAAUCUGGAGGAAAGCUGGUACUACAAGCAUCCCGCUCUCGCCAGCACUAAAGCACCUCCAAAACAGGCAGGAGGAGGCGGUGAAUGAGGUGAAGCGACAGGCGAUGUCAGAGCUGCAGAAGGCAGUGUCGGACGCCGAGAGGAAAGCUCAUGAGAUGAUUUCGGCCGAACGCUCUAAAAUGGAGAGGGCGCUGGCCGACGCCAAGAGGCAAGCCUCUGAGGACGCACUAACAGUCAUCAACCAGCAGGAGGACUCCAGUGAAUCUCAACAGAGCUGCUGGAAUUGCGGGAGGAAAGCCAGUGAGACGUGCAGCGGCUGCAACACGGCUCGCUACUGCGGCUCCUUCUGCCAACACAAAGACUGGGAGAAGCACCACCACGUCUGUGGUCAGGGCCUGCAGGGGAUGCCAGGGGGCAGCAGCGUCCCUCUAGGCACCCCAUCCUCGGCGUCCUCCAGUGCGCCCCCCACCCACUCGGAGAGCACUCCUCCAGGAGCCUUGUCCUUGGCGGGCCAGAGCAGUAUUGCGGGAGGGGCUGGCAGCGGCAGCGGAAGUGUUUCUGCCAGCCCCAAGGAGAGCAGUUCCAGCAGUGCCUCUCGCUCCACGACUCCAGCUACCCCCGCCCUACUGGAUGCCACCUCUCGCUGACGUCUGACCCUCGUCCCCUCCCUGCAUACCGAUGCGACGGUGCCCACACUCCACACAAAACCAAACUGAGGAAUCUUCAUCGCACACUGCUCCCUUUCCUCCUCCCCUACUUCAGUCCUUAUUGCCCUCUUAUCCUUUUCUCACUACUUGAUUAUAGACUGUUUUUCUCCACUGGUCACCUUCCCCCCCAAAAAACUACUUUUUCUGUCUCUUUCACAACCAUAAAUACAAAGAUUCCAGCCUGGGGUUCAGUGUAGUGGAAAGCAUGAAUAGUGUCUCCUAUCUCUGUCACAGAAACAUAUCAGAUUUGAGCUUUGACUUGAAGAUGCGACUAAGAUGCGCCCUCAGUAAUGUAAGCACGUUGUCCACAUGAGGACACAAGACAAGGGCUGUGGUAAGGCAACAUUGACGGGGAAGGGGGACGACGAGGCUGAUUAGCACUUGGAUUGGAUUUCCCUUUAAUUUAGCGAUGUGCACUACCAGUGCAAACAGUUCACAGAUGUGGCACUUAUUCUACAGCGUACUAAUGGAGACAGCCACGGACAAAAUACCUGUUUUUUUCAAAAGGAUGAGGGAAGGGGAAAAACCUGUGAUGCGAUUAAUUCCUCAGAAACACAGCUUAGUAUUUAUUAAAUGUUUCUUUCUGGCUUUAAGGGAAAAUAAAGAAAAGUCCAAAUAUUCUAAUAAAGAAUAGUAGUGAUGCUGAUGACGAUAAUAAUGAUAUGAGAAUAAAUUAAUUUUAAACUGCUAACUACCUUGCUAGCGAGCCAAGAAGAUCUACACCGGACUCACCUCUCUGCACCAUUGUGAACCCAAAUGAAUUCAAAGAUGAAAAAGUAACAUGAUCCAAACCUUUGUAUUACACUGCCAAAGUGAGUAAGUAAGCGAUAAGGAGAAGCACUCAUCUUAUAACCAAACACAAAGCAACACCACCUCCUCAGCAGAUAAGCCAGCCCUGAGAGGACCAGGCUGCAGAGACGCUGCAGAACGGGACCCAGAGAUAGUCAGACAUUAAAAAAAAAACAAAAAAAAAAAACUGUGACCUGCUUUGAUCUGCAGCAGCCUCCUGCAGUCUGGACACAGCGAUUCCUCAGUGAUGGCCCAGACUAGUGAAUAUGGACAAUGCUGUGAACUUAGAAAGACUUAAUGAAAUGGAUGGAAACCCUGCCACAGUGUGAUUUUUUUUGUGAAUGGUAACAGAGAGGAAAAAAAAGAGGAAAGUUAAAAAGCUACACAGCCUCAAAGGAGAUGAAGACAUGGCAAAGGAGCUGCCAAAAACCUCAAAACAAGCUUGAAAACAUUGUCCGAGAAGGCAUUGCAUACUAAGACGUAUGAGAAGAUUGUUUGUAUUUUUUAAGCUCCACAACGAGGAGAUACUUCAAGGAAUUGCUGUUACCUUUACAUUCACUCCCUCCUUUUCCAAAGCAUGAUAAACAGAUGAAAGAGCCUAGUGAAGGGCGGUGUAGACUUCUCUCUCUUUCUACCUCCCCUCACCCCACACCUCCCUUCUACGCUCUUCCCCGACUACUUGACUCGAGUCCGCCCCUCUAACCCACCGCCUGCUUCGGACAGAGCCUCGGAGCAGGCACGUGGGGAAGGGUUCGAACCUGCUUGUAGAUAUCGUUCCUCUUUUCAAAUUUCAAUAAUGUCUCUUGUCGCUGAUGUCCACAUGUGCUGCCCUUGUGUAUAUCCAGAAAGAUGGACUUUGUUUUGGUUUUGUUACCUUUCAUUUUUUCCUCCUAUGAGUUUCGGGCUGAGCAGUGAAGUCAGACCAAGGAGGACACUCGCUUAUGAGAGGAAGAAGCCCCACAUUGUACUUAUUGUUUGAUUUGUUGUAUCUAUAUUAAUGAGAUGAAAACCCCCUCUUGUAGAAUAUUUUGUAUUGCUCGCAUUGUAAGACAGUGAGAGGACGGAGGUGCAAUAUGAAGAGAAUUCAGCUACUGAAUGGAACCUCAGCAACAUGCCCAUAGGGUGUCAUAUAAUAUAGAUACAUAUAAAUAUAUUUAAAGUAACAUCAGUAACUUAAUGUGAAUGUACAUAGUAUUUAAAGAGGUCCAAAAAUGUGUUUGCCAAAUAACAGAAACCUUUAAAGUUUAAUGAUUUUCUCACAGUACAUUUAUUUCUCAAAUUUAUCCAUUUUUUUCUCCCAUACAAGUUAAACAAUUUCAAUUUUCACACAAAUCAAAGUGUCACGUUACCCUGAGUGGAGGAGACUGUUGGUAGCAGAGGUAAAGUACCACAAUGCAUGUAGCUGAAAAUGGAUGAAAACAGAUUAAGGGUGGAUGGAUGUUGCAAGACUUCCAGAAGAUAUUUAUUCAUCAUUUACAAUGUUUGAAAAAUCCAAAUCGUACUACACCAAGAAAAUAACAUAUUUAUUAGGGCUGCACGAUUAAUCCAAAUUUGAUUGAAAUCACAAUUUGCCUUACUGAAAUUUUCAAAUCGCAGGAAGUGCAAUUUGUUAAAGGUGAAAUAUAAGUCAAAAUACCAUUUUAAAUGAAAUAUUGUGGUGUUGCAGAAAUGUCCUGGCCUACAUAUCAUAUUCUACAGACUUUAGAAAACAUCUUUGUUUGGUACAGAUCCCCGUAAAAAUCACACCAUAAUCAAUUUUAAUAUGUUUUGCAACGAAAAUGAGAAUAAUGAUGUAUCAUUCCCUCUGAUAUCACAAAUCAUAGCACAAUAUCAGUCAAAAUUAUUAUACAAUUAGAUAUUUCUUCAAAAUCAUUCAGCCCUAAUGUUUAUGUUUCACUUCAAUCUUCUUAAUUUGUGUGCGUUGGCGCAAUUGGGACUAAAUGUUGUCAUUGUCAUGUGUUCAUUCACCCCAGGUCAGUUUACAUCCUGCAGGAGGGGACUCAACAGUGUGUGUAUUGACAAAAAAAAAGCCCAAAUAUAUUCAAUGGUUUGGAUAAAAAGGAAAAAAGUGGUGGCUCAGUUUCAAAUUUAGCUCCUUCACAACAAAUUAAGGAAGCUUGAUAUAUCAUGUCAAGUGUCGUGUUUCUGCCACUGUCUUGACCCUCUCUCUCUUGGUCUUCAUCAACCUCUGUGUGUGCGUGUGUGUGUGUGUUCGGUUAGGAGUAUUUGUUUCCCCCAAGGUACAGGACAAGCCAUUACUGUAGGAUUAAGUGAUAUGCCAGUGUUAAGCUACAGUAAACCUCAAAGCUAAUUUUGAUACCCACUCUUUGCAAUGUUGCUUUCCUUUUGUUUAUUUGUAAAGAUGCAGGUUGAGCAUAAGCUGCAGAUCUGGGACGGGUCGAGACUACAGCGUCACCUAUUUAGUUUUUUUUUUUUUUAACCAGCCCUUUCCACAUGUUCCAGCAAUAUGAUCGUCUCUGGUAAACACAUGUAUGCUAAACAGUCUCAAGGCCUUUACUUAAAGCUAGGGCUGCAACUAACGAUUGUUUUCAUUGUCAAUUAAUCUGUCGAUCAUUUUCUCGAUUAAUUGAUUAGUUGUUUGGUCUAUAAAAUGUCAGAAAAUGGUGAAAAAUGUCGAUCAGUGUUUCCCAAAGCCCAAGAUGACGUCCUCAAACGUCUUGUUUUGUCCACGACUCAAAGAUAUUCAGUUUACUUUUUUGGUAAAGGAGGUUGUGCUUCAACAGACCCAAAGUCAUAGAAGCAUAAAAUGUGAUAGGGUAGCACAUCCCAGAUUUCAAAAUCAAGGAGGACAAAAUACUAGCAUUUCACUCGUUUAAUUGGCUUAAUUAUACAAGUGAAAUGCUAGAACUUUGUCCUCCUUGAUUUUUAAAUCUGGGAUGUGCUACCCUAUCAGUUUACUGUCAUAGAGGAGUAAAGAAACCAGAAAACAUUCACAUUUAAGAAGCUGGAAUCAGAGAAUUUUGACUUUUUUUUUUUCUUAAAAAAUUACUCAAACCUAUUAAAAGAUUAUCAAAAUAGUUGGCGAUUAAUUUUAAUUGUUGACAACUAAACAAUGAAUCGUUGCAGCUCUACUUAAAGCAACAGAUGGCCUGCAGCAGCUGUGCUCACACAAAAUUUAAUCAUUGUAAACAUCUACAAAGUUGGCCUCAUACACGCUUGGACCAAACUUGUAAAAAAAAUGAGUAACUUUCUUUUUGCAGCGAGUGGCAUAGAAAACAAAAGUGAAUGAUUUUAUUUGGGACACAUAAUUCAAAUGGGAGGUACCCCUGCAUCUGUGUGUAGCAUUUAUGAAUGUGUGUUAUAAUUACCGUGAUAUGGUGUUGACCUCAGCCUUUUUGUGUCAUUUGCUCCUUUUACCCCUGACAUCUAAUUCCUCCAGACCACUCUUCAUACCCCCCCCCCCCUCACACUAGCUACCUCCUGUGACCAUACAGCUAACCACCAGGAGAGGUUGACCUGGACUUUGAAAAGCUGGGCUGAGAGCAGACAUGGAAACGCACGUUCAAAAGCAAUCAUAUGAAAAAAAAAGUGUUGAAAGGAAUUGCCAUUACUCACGAUGUGGAAGAAUAUUUAUUCCCACCGGACCUCACCUGUUUGAUCACAUCCCACUAACCAAACCGAUAGUUACACAUACAGUCAAACCUGCAUAUUACCAAACUGAACACAGAAUCAACCAUGACAUGCCAUUUGUUGUCCAAAACCAAUAAAAGCACAGACCAAAGUAAUCUAUUGCCAUAACAGGCUUUGACACCGUGUGUAUUGACAGACCAGAAAUAAUAAGGUUAGAGCUCCACUACACCAGUUAACCAAAGUGUCUGAAAUACACACAAUCAGGGCACGAGAGUGAAGAGCAUGCUUAAUGAAGUUUCAAAUGUGUAGAGUUUUUAUUCAAGCAAUCAAAGCGCUUGUUGUCUACAUAUUGAACGGUGCUUCUGUAAAAAAUAAUAGAAGCAUCUCCUUUAGAAAAGCCUACUGAUUGCGUGUUCUUACAGUUACAAAGCCUUGCAGAGAUGAAAUGAAUGCAUGGUGGGUGUGUGUAUGUGACUGGUCGUGUGUGUGUGUGUUUUUGUAAAAAAAAAAAAACUUUUUCUUCUUGUCUCUGUACAAACUACUUGAAACUUUCAGAGCUUUAAUGAAACAUCCCAGACAGACUAUAGUGGCAAAUCGAUUCACAAUAUGUAGCAACAGCUUUGUGCAGUAAAAUACCAUGUUUGCGUACAAUAUCCGCAUCAAAACAACAUUGUAAUGGCAGUUCCAUUCAACUCUUAAAUGCUUGGCUUGUGCGCCUCCUUGUCUGUGAGUAAGCCCUCAGAUAAACUAAACAAAGCCAAACCCAGUAGAUCACGUAUAAAUGACCAAAAUACAACCAAAAGCUACAACUUUUCUCUUUAGAUUUCACUGUGGUUUAGGAUUUUGUGUUAGGGAACUUCAGCGUGGUCGAUCGUAUGGGACAAACUGUCCUUCACUGCUCUUUCCUGAUUUCAUUGCACAGGAUACAAAAGAUUCAGCUCAGCUGGAAACUUCAUUAAGUCACGAAACAAAUGAGAUUGAUGACGAGUUGUCAUAUACUUUUCUCUGUGAAGAUAUUAUAGAUGGCAAACGCAUAAGGGCUCUGCUUCUUGUGAAUAUCAUCUGAGGGUCUCCGAACACUUUACAUCUUUUCUGUUUGUUAAACUAUGUACAUGAUAUGGGCAAAACGCAUGUUUAGAAAAGGCAAAUAUUAGCAGGUUGGCAUUUUGUCUCUCCCUACCCCGACCAGUAACUCUACCAAUGAAGGCUCAUCUGAUGUGAUGGUGACACGCCCUUCCUGUGAAACAGGCACUGAUGAGUAGAAAGCUAAAGUGGCAAACAGUGGAUACAGCACUUGUUUUCCCCAAAGCCAUGGCUCAGGAUGGUCCUGUUUUUACCUUUACAUGAAUUGAUUUUUUUUUUUAUGUGUAGGGAAGCAUUCUAUACUGUAUUGUGCAAUACAUUAUUACAGAAAAAACAUGUUUCUGUAGGAAAGGUUGGCGCUUUGAAGAUCUUUCUCCUUCUGUUUUAUUUCCCACUUCAAAAAGGUCCUGUUGCCGUUUUUAGAUGAAGUUAACUGUGCCAGAAGAAUUAAAUUCUGAUUUGUAUUUAUUUCUUGCAUGCUUUCCUCCCCGUUGCUAAUACCGCUCUUUAACUGUUCGCUCUGUUGGAUGUGUGAAGCUGUAAAACAUUCUAAUUCAGGUUAUUGUCUGUGUUGAACAAUGUAACUGUGUAAUUAAAACAUGAAAUGAAGUAUU